AUGCCUCACUACAAACUCAUUUAUUUCGAUUUGCGUGGAAGAGCUGAGGUGUCUCGUCAACUCUUCGCUUUAGCCGGUGUUCCUUAUGAAGAUCAUCGCGUUUCUUUCGAGGAAUGGCCUGAAUUUAAGCCAAAGACUCCAUUCGGUCAAAUGCCACUCCUUGAGGUGGACGGUGUCGUGUUGGCCCAAUCAAUGACCAUCGCCCGCUACUUGGCGAGGAAAUUUGGUUUCUCUGGGGCUAAUGACUGGGAGGCGGCUCAAAUCGAUGCUCUCUCCGACACGAUGCACGACUAUUUCAACGAGCAGAAGAAUUUCUUCUCGAUCAUGGCCGGCAGAGUGCCCGGUGACAAGGACGCUGCCAUGAAAGAACUCUUCGAACCGGCUCGUGACAAAUAUUUCCCGAUUUUUGUCGAGAAAUAUCUCAAGAAAAAUUCAAGUGGAUUUUUGAUCGGAAACAAGGUUUCAUACGCGGAUCUCUUGUGCGCAUCGCAUAUCGGAAGCUUUCAAGGACUGAUGCCACACGCUUUCGAUAAAUAUCCAGAGCUCAUCGCUCACAAAGAGAAAAUCGAAUCGAUCCCGGCGAUCAAGAAAUGGAUCGAGACUCGUCCAAAGAAUCCCUUC